UUUGUCGCUGGUGCGGGAAGUAGCGCAGCUUUCCUUGCAGCGCGUCAGACAACUUUCUGCUAAGUAGUGUUUUGGAGCGGCGGGAGACAGCUUGUGCUGCAGGAAGCGAUAUUCAUGGAAUGUGCCGGGAGAGACGCCGCGGCGUUAGGCAAGGGAAAUGCACGCCGCGUAGGAUUUGACUAGUUACAGAGCUCUUUGAAUAUCAUGAAAUAUCUAUCGGCUAAUUGCACGCUGCCGAAAGAACUAAUCAGGCAACAUCAUAAAAUCUUAAUCAGGUGAAAAUGGCCCUUAGCAAUUUAACCUCAAAGGCUGUGCUGCUCUAUGAUGAAUGGAUCAAAGAUGCCGAUCCGAGAUUGGAAGGCUGGCCACUCAUGUCUUCACCUUUUCCAACAACCUUUAUCAUUGGAACCUACAUCUAUUUUGUCACUUCACUGGGACCCAAACUCAUGGAAAAUAAAAAACCUUUUGAACUCAGGCAGAUAAUGGCAUUCUAUAACUUUAGUGUGGUAAUACUUUCCUUGUAUAUGACUUAUGAAUUUCUUAUGUCAGGUUGGGCGACUGGCUACUCAUUCCGAUGUGAUAUUGUUGACUACUCGAGGUCACCUACAGCCCUAAGAAUGGUACGAACUUGUUGGCUAUACUACUUUUCCAAGUUCAUUGAAUUAUUAGACACUAUAUUUUUUGUGCUGCGUAAGAAAAACAACCAAGUUACAUUCCUGCAUGUCUUUCAUCAUUCCAUCAUGCCAUGGACCUGGUGGUUUGGAGUCAAAUUUGCUGCAGGUGGCUUAGGAACAUUUCAUGCUUUGUUGAACUGCAUUGUACAUGUUAUCAUGUACACUUACUAUGGAAUCUGUUCUUUGGGACCAGCCUAUCAUAAAUACUUGUGGUGGAAGAAGUACAUGACGACUAUCCAACUUGUUCAGUUUAUUAUGAUUACAGCCCACAUAGGACAAAUCUAUAUCAUGGAUGAUUGUCCAUACCAGUAUCCAAUUUUCAUGUUUAUUAUUUGGCUAUAUGGCUCUAUGUUUUUAGUGUUGUUUCUCCACUUCUGGUACCAUGCCUACACAAAGGGACAGAGACUACCAAAGAUGACAAGAAAUGGCAUAAGAAAAGAUCAGUGAAAAAAAAAACUCUUGCCUACGAAAAAAAAAAAAGAAAAAAAUGCAUAUGUUAAAGUUAAAACUUGCACUACUUGACAAUCAAGAUAAUUGGGUGCACACACUACACCAUGUAUAUUUUGUAUGUUUUCUUCCAAAGCAGACCUAAUAUUUUUGCUAUAAGUUAUUUGGGUUUCAGAAUUUGGGAAGUAGAAGAGGACAGUGUGGAUUUGAUUUAAAAAAAAAAA